AUUCUCAACUAAAAAAUUCCAAGUAGUCCAAAACACUUAGGAAUGGCUCUUACCCACUUUGCUUCAUCAUUUUGUACUCUCCCAGCAUUAGCAUCUCCAAGUCGCGCCUUAGUAGGACCUAUAUCAAGCAAGAAUUAUCGAUCUCUACCUACCAAAGUUCGAUGCAUGGUUGCCACCGAAGCUGCUGGUCAAAUUGUCCGGCGGUCGGCAAAUUAUCAAACUUCCAUAUGGGAGUAUGAUUUUGUUCAGUCACUGACUAGUAAAUAUAAGGGAGAGCCAUAUACAGCGCGAAUCGAAAAGUUGAAGGCAAACAUAAGGAUGAUGCUGGCGAACGCAUCGAAACCCUUGGAUCAACUUGAGCUAAUCGAUGCCUUGCAAAGACUUGGGUUAUCUUACCAUUUUGUUGAUGAAAUAAAGAGCACGUUGAAGAGUUUAUUCUACAAAAAUCAUAUAGAGAAUACAAAGACAGUACAUGACUUGUAUGCUACUGCUCUAGAAUUUCGACUCCUGAGGCAGCAUGGAUACAAGGUACCUCAAGAGGUUUUCAAUCAUUUCAAGGACGAACAAGGAAACUUUAGGGCAUGGAUUCAUGACGAUUUGAAGGGAAUGCUAUUUCUGUAUGAAGCUUCAUACUUCUUGGUAGAAGGCGAGAGCAUCUUGGAGGAUGCAAGAGACUUCACCACCAAAAAUCUUGAAAAAUAUGUCGAGAAGUGCAACCCUUCCGAAUAUCUUUCAAAGAUGGUGAGCCAUGCCUUAGAGCUUCCACUGGCUUGGAGGAUGCUAAGAUUGGAGUCCAAUUGGUUCAUCAAUGUGUAUGAAACUAAAACUGAUAUGGAACCUGUGUUGUUAGAACUAGCUAAAUUGGAUUUCAACAUGGUACAAGCAAUACACCAAGAAGAUCUGAAACAUUCAUCUAGGUGGUGGAAGAGGACAGGACUUGGAGAAAAGUUGGAUUUUGCCAGGGACAGGCUGGUGGAGAAUUUCUUAUGGACUGUGGGGGUCAUAUUUGAACCUCAGUUUGGUAAUUGCAGGAGAAUGCUAACAAAAGUUAAUUCACUUAUAACAACAAUUGAUGAUGUUUAUGAUGUCUAUGGUACCUUAGAUGAGCUUGAGCUAUUCACAGAUGCCGUCGUAAGAUGGGAUCUUAACUUCAUGGAUCGGCUUCCAGACUAUAUGAAAUUAUGUUUUUUUGCACUGUACAAUUCAGUUAAUGAAAUGGCUUAUGAUAUUCUUAAAUAUCAAGGAGUUGACAUCCUUCCUUACUUAAAGAAAGCGUGGGCAGACUUAUGUAAAUCAUAUUUAUUGGAGGCUAAGUGGUACUUCAGUGGAUAUACACCAGCUCUUCAAGAAUACAUGGAUAAUGCAUGGAUUUCAAUUUCAGCACCAGUGAUUCUAGUUCAUGCAUAUUUUUAUGUUUCCAAUCCAACAACAGAGGAGGCCUCACAAUUCAUGGAGGAAUACCCAGAUAUAAUUCGAUGGUCAUCCAUGAUUUUACGCCUUGCUGAUGAUCUUGGAACCUCCACGGAUGAAUUAAAACGAGGAGAUAUUUCUAAAUCAAUUCAAUGUUAUAUGCAUGAAGCCGGAGUAUCUGAAGAAAAAGCUCGUGAUCAUAUAAGAAAUUUAAUUGGAAAUACAUGGAAAAAAAUAAAUGAUUAUCAACUUGUUAAUCCCCGUUUCUCCCAAACUUUUAUUGGAAUUGCAAUGAACCUUGCACGAAUGGCGCAAUGCAUGUAUCAAUAUGGAGAUGGACAUGGUGUUGAACAUCUUGAGACUAAGGAUAGGGUGAAAUCCUUACUUAUUAAGCCUUUAUAAUCUCAUCAAAAUAAAGGACUAGUUUGAUAUUAAAAAAAUCAUAUGAUUGAUCUAUAUGUCUUAUUAGAUUAAGUUGGAAAAACAUGUAUUUUCAUUCUAGCUUAAAUAUCAAUGUGUAAUAAAGGACUACAUAUUUCUUCUUUA